UAAUAUGCAAACGCGCUUUCUAUUAUUCUAUAUAUUGGUAUGUUAGCAAAAUAAACUAGCCUGUGAAAUUUGAGUGAUUCUACUCCAUAACGUUCUUGAAAAAACAAUGUCGGAGAUGGAAGAACGAGGGGCAGAACAACGACAAGGGAGUGGCCCUGUUAAAAAAGAAAAAGACUUGUUCGAUAUGGAGGCCGGUGGAACCAAUAGCUCUUAUAGAAACCAUCAGGUAGAAGAUUGGAGAACUGUUUUAAAGCUUGCAUUCCAAUGCAUAGGUGUAGUUUAUGGCGAUUUGGCUACUUCUCCACUGUAUGUGUUACCUGGGGUUUUCCAAAAUGGGAUAAAGCACAAUGAUGAUCUUCUUGGUGUUUUAUCUUUGAUUUUUUACUCCGUUAUUGUCAUCACUCUGAUUAAGUAUGUGUUUAUCGUUAUGUCUGCAAACAAUAAUGGAGGUGGAGGGACAUUUGCUCUGUAUUCUUUGAUAUGCCGACAUGUCAGGGUGAGUUUGAUACCAACUCAGCAGUCACAGGAUACAGAAGCUUCCAUCUAUAACUCUGAUGCAUCAACAAUGGCUUCAUAUCUAAAAUCAUGGCUAGAAAAUAGCCAUAUAAUGAAGUACGUUCUUCUGAUCACAACCAUGCUCGGUGUGUCCAUGGUCCUUGGAGAUGGAAUUCUCACACCUUGCAUAUCUGUGCUAUCGGCUGUGGGAGGUCUUAAAUUGGCUGUACCUGGCCUUGAACAAGACGCAAUAAUGUGGAUUUCAGUGGCGAUUUUGAUUGUCUUGUUUCAAAUUCAAAGAUUUGGAACACAUAAAGUUGGGUACAGUUUUGCUCCAAUUCUUGCACUAUGGCUUGUUUUGAUUGCAUUUAUUGGGGUUUUCAACUUCUUCAAGCAUGACCCAAGCACAAUCAAAGCUCUCAAUCCGAUAUACAUUAUACAGUAUUUUCAAAGGAAUAAAAAGGAUGCUUGGAUUUCUCUUGGAGGUGUCAUUUUAUGCCUUACGGGUUCUGAAGCUCUGUUUGCUGAUUUGGGUCAUUUCAACAUUCGCUCAAUUCAACUGAGCAGUUGUGUUAUACUGGUUCCCUCUGUAUUGCUUGCCUAUCUUGGCCAAUGUUCCUAUCUUCGCAAAAACAGUUCUCAUGUUCCAAAUGCAUUUUAUAGCUCAAUACCAAGUCAGUAUUAUUUUCUCUUGUAUCAUAAGAAUGUUCUUGUUAUGGUUAUGAUAUGGAAUACAAAUAUAAUUAUCAUAAUCAUCUACAUAUUAACCGUAGGUUUAAUAGAAUUGUUGUAUUUGAGUUCUUCACUGUACAAGUUUGCUGAUGGAGGAUAUCUUCCUUUAUGCUUAGCCUUUGUUCUGGUCUCUGUCAUGUUCAUAUGGAAUUAUGGAUAUAGAAAAAAAUACAUUUACGAGCUGGAAAAUAAUAUUGGAGUUGAAAAACUUACUGAUAUAGUCUCAAACACAAGAAUCCAUCGAAUGGAUGGUCUUGGUUUAUUCUAUACUCCGCUUGUUCAAGGCAUAUCUCCUAUAUUCCCUCGUUAUGUGUCAAGUGUUCCAGCUUUACAUUCAGUUCUUGUAUUUGUUUCCAUUAAGUUUCUGCAUAUUAGUAAAGUUCCUGCAGAAGAAAGGUUUCUGUUUCAAAGAGUAAAGCCAGGAGAAUUAAUAUUUCGAUGUGUUGUGAGAUACGGAUAUGCAGAUUCAAGAAAGGAUCAAGAGGCUCUAUUCGAGGAAAUGUUUGCCAAUCAGCUGAGGGAAUUUAUUCAAGAAGAUAAUAGCAAUAAUGGCGGAGAAGAUAUGCAGAGGGAAAUGGCUUUGGUUGAUAAAGCUUUAAGAGAUGGUAUUGUUUAUUUGAUGGGUGAAGGUGAAGUUGUGGCUGCAAAUGGGUCUAGUUGGGUUAAGAAAUUCACUAUAGAUUAUCUCUACAACUGGUUAAGCUGGACUGUGAAACAACCUGAUGAAGCUUUUCUGAUUCCUCGCAAGCAAUUACUCAAAGUAGGCAUGGCAUACGAGGUUUAGAUUGUUCUGACCAGUCCUCAAUCAAAUGCCUUCUCCUGAUAAUAAAUAAAAUACUGUUUUUUGGCUCACAGGAUUGAGAAUCUUGCUGGUUACCAGUGAGUUAUGGCAGAAGUAUAAAUUAGAAUGUUUGCAGGAUUGUAAUCUUGGUGUUUUAACAGGCCCUUAAUUAGUUACCGUAUGUUAUUGUUUCAA